CAAGAAGAGAAAAGACAAGAAACAAGGRAGAGGGAUUAAAAGGCCAAGUUGUUACGCCUGAUUUACUUUAACCCCGCUACAUGUCCUGGACUUMUUUCACACUCUGAAGGACUCUUCAUGUGCCAGUAACCUGCUGCAGAUGGAAACCAGGACCUGCUUGGCUUCGUUCUUUGCACAGGCUUAGUGUUUUACAGAGACGGAUUGAAGAAGAUUGUCACUGUCCAGCAUAGAAAAGAGGAUGGGAGUCAUUCACCUCGGUCUUGUGGUCUUUUUUCUCCUCUCCUCUCCUGUGCAUGCUCAGUGGUGGACUUUGUUCUUUGCAAACCCUAAAACCACCACCGUUCCACCUGCUGUCACCUCUCCAACCAUCACCUCUCCAGAGCCCUCUGCCACUCAGGAGACGGCGGCAUCAGAGACUGAGGACAAAGUGUCAGUGAAAUUCAUGGAGGGCACUCAGUUGAAGGAGACUGUUCUGACCCUUACUGCAUACGGCUCAGGGGUGUUAGUGUCUGCCCACAGCACUGUGGAACCUGGGACACCACCUCCAGGGGAGAACUCAGGUGGAGGCAACCAAAGCAAGUCAAAGUACAAACCACUGAAACAGUGCGUCCAGCCAGCCAAAGAGGAGGCGUGCUCUUUGCUGUCACAGAUGCCCAACAGAAGGUGGUGGAGCUGGGUUUGGCGCUCACUCCAGUUCGUGGGGGCGUCCAGAGCAUCUUGCUGUACUACACUGAAAAGGAGCAGGCCUCCCACAGCCUCAAAGCUGCUGCUUUUAGUGUCCCAGACAUGACCGAGCAGUGGACACGGUUCACGUUAGUGGUGGAGGACAGUGAGGUGCGUCUCUACAUGGACUGUGGAGAGGCUGAGAAGACCACCUUCCAUCGGCGGCCAGAGAAACUCUCCUUCUCACACAACUCUGCCAUAUUUAUAGCAAAYGCAGGAAGCACAGGGCUUGAGAAUUUUGUGGGUUCUAUUCAGCAGCUGAUCAUAAAGGAUGAUCCUAGAGCAGCUGAGGAGCAAUGUGAAGAAGACGAUCCCUAUGCCUCGGGAUAUGCGAGUGGAGAUGAUGUUCUGGAUGAUAGAGAGACAGAAGAAGUGUCAAUGAAGAGGGGCGAGGAGAGAAAGUUGAUGGGAGAGGACAGCAUUCCUGUCAGAGCUCCACCCACUGAGGCUCCAGAGGCGGAGCUUGAAUAUUCAGGUCACAUGACUCCAACGACAGCCAAUGAAAAACAUCUUUUAACAGAUUCACAGCCGAUAGAGGAGGCAGGAGAGCCACCAGGCCACGGUCGUGUCAAGCCUGGGUUAAAAGGGGAGCGUGGUGAUCCUGGACCACCUGGUCCACCUGGUCCUCCAGGGCCUAGCUAUGUACUUAAAGAGAAGCUCGGACAACCCGGGCCACAAGGACCAACGGGAACACCUGGACAACCUGGAAGAGAUGGACAGAAGGGAAGCAAGGGUGACAAGGGUGAUCUAGGUCAGAAAGGACAUCAGGGAUUUCCAGGUUUGAAUGGAGAAGUCGGAGCCAAAGGACAGAAGGGAGACCUGGGAGUUGGUUUACCAGGUCCCCCUGGCCUUCCAGGACCCCCUGGACCGCCACGAUCCCGCAGUGUUCCUUAUGGACCAGACGCCCUGGGUUCUGGGUUUGAUGAUCUGGACAGUGAUACUGAACCUGUUAGGGGCCCUCCUGGUCCACCGGGGCCUCCAGGGCCUCCCGGGCCCCCUGGACACCUGUCUUCAGAGCUGAGGCCAGAUUAUGCUGGACCACAUGGUACACCUGGCAGAGACGGACCUCUAGGCAAACAAGGGAUACCUGGUGCUUCAGGASCUGAUGGUACUUCAGGUCCACCUGGACCUGUUGGAGAGAAGGGUGAACGAGGGCUACCUGGGCCAUCUGGACCCAAGGGUGAACGUGGAUCUGUGGGUGCUCCAGGAUCUCCCGGGCUCCAAGGGCCUAUUGGUCCCCAAGGAAAGAGGGGCCAAGCAGGUCCACCAGGGCCUCCUGGCCCACCUGGACCACCUGGAACUAAAUUCUUUGUGGAGGACAUGGAGGGAUCUGGAAAGAAUGACAUGCUGAUUGAAGCUGGUGUCCAAGGACCUCAGGGUUCCCCUGGGCUACCUGGACCACCGGGUGAGGAUGGAACUCCAGGACCUCCAGGGCUCCCUGUCAAGGGUGAACCAGGAGCACCAGGACCAGAAGGUCUUCCAGGCCCUGCUGGACUACCAGGUGUCCGUGGACCCAAGGGGGAGAAGGGCAGUCCAGGACCAAAGGGGGAUCGAGGCACUGAUGGACUAAAUAUUACAGGACCACCUGGGCCUCCUGGACCGCCUGGACCUUCUGUAAAUUUACAGGAUCUGCUCCUGAAUGUGACUGAAGGUUUCUUCAACCUCACCGAGAUCAGAGGACCCCCGGGGCCUAUAGGCCCUGAAGGUUUACCUGGCAAAGCUGGAUUUCCUGGACCUAGAGGGCCAAAGGGAGACAGAGGACCAUCAGGUGCUCUGGGGCCAGCAGGGUCCAAGGGACAAAAAGGAGAACCAGGGGUGACCAUUGCUGCUGAUGGAUCUAUUUUGUCUGCACCAAGAGGCCCUCAGGGGACUAAAGGCAAAAAAGGAGACCGGGGCUUCCCAGGACCUUCUGGACCUAUGGGACCAAUUGGACCUCCUGGUCAAAAGGGAGAGUACGGCUUCCCUGGGCGUCCAGGGCGACCUGGUAUAACAGGGAGAAAAGGUGACAGAGGAGAGUCUGUUGGCCUGCCGGGCCCUCCGGGACCUCCUGGUCCACCUGGACCUCCAGGAAGAAUUCAUGGACUUAGUGGAACGGUGUUCCCGGUGCGCCCCCGACCGCACUGCAAAAAGGGACGAGAGGCACUGAGUCAAGCAGAUACUGGAUUAAAAGGUGACAAAGGAGAUGAAGGAAUGCCUGGUGAGAAAGGAACAACUGCCCCCAGGUUACCUGAUGGGAUUAUGUUGGUGGAUCUAAAGGGGGCUAAAGGUGACGUGGGAUUCAAAGGUGAGAAAGGAGAAAAGGGAGACUCUGGUCCACCUGGUCCUCAAGGACUUCCAGGAAGGUCAGGACUUGUGGGUCCAAAAGGAGAGUCAGUUGUUGGUCCACCAGGUCCAGUAGGUUCUCCUGGUCAAAAUGGAGCUCCUGGGUUUGGACGACCUGGACCUCGAGGACCCCCUGGCCCUGCCGGGCCCCCAGGACCAUCAUCUGCAUAUGGAUCAGGUGUCAGUAUCCCAGGUCCUCCUGGUCCUCCUGGUCCACCAGGAUCUCCAGGUCAUGCCAACACGGUGUUGAUCUAUGAGACAGUCCAAGCUCUGAUCCAGGAGACUCACCGAGCUGCUGAGGGAACACUGGCUUACGUGUUUGAGAGAGGAGGAGAGCUGUACAUCAGAGCACGCAACGGCUGGCACAAGAUCCCGCUUGGUGAGUUGAUUCAUUACGGACCAACCUUUUCAGAAGCAUCCCAGGCCCUCAGCAAACCUGAAAACUUGAAUGAACCACAAAAGGUUCACAGCCAGGAGCUGCAGGAUAGCAGUAGAGGAUAUCAGCCCAGCUACAAUGUUCUGCCUCAGACCAUCAGCGCUGUACCUGGUCUCCGUAUGAUAGCUCUAAAUGCUCCUCUCAAAGGGGACAUGCGUGGCAUUCGUGGGGCCGACUUCCAGUGCUACCAGCAGGCGCRCUCAGUGGGGCUUACCUCCACCUACAGGGCCUUCCUGUCCUCACACCUCCAGGAUUUGGCUACAAUUGUGAAGAAGGCAGACCGCACUGACAAACCUGUGGUUAAUCUGAGGGGUGAAGUGUUGUUUAGCAGUUGGGCAUCCAUUUUCUCUGGGAAUGGAGGCAUGUUUGAUCCGUCUGUGGCCAUCUACACCUUUGAUGGACGCAACGUGAUGACUGACUCAGCAUGGCCAGAGAAGCUGAUCUGGCACGGCUCCAGCACGGUGGGCAUCCGGCUGACCUCCAACUACUGCGAGGCGUGGAGGACGGCCGACAUGGCGGUGACGGGUCAGGCCUCUCUGCUGCAGACGGGCCGGCUGCUGGGACAACACGCCCGCUCCUGCUCCAACCAUUACGUGGUGCUGUGUGUAGAGAACACGUACGUGGGCAACACACACCAGAGGAGGACCUGAGGGGACCCCAGCGACACACGCAAACACACAAAUUAACACACAUGCAGGCAUGUUGAAAGUGAAGAACAGAUACACGAGGAACAGGUGUAGGCACAUAAAAACGCAAAAGAACAACAUGCACACACUUUUUAAAAAUGAUUUGUCCUUUAUUGUUUAGUUCCCACCAGAAUGCAGGUGCAAGACGGCAGCUCCUACUCUUGCCACACUUKGUCCACAUCACACAGUAUUUUAACACCACGUGUUUCUGCACUGCACGCUGUUCCUGAGGCUUUUACAGGCAGCAAGUUUCUCCWACUUGGAUUUUAGUUGCUCAGUAAUAGUUUGGCGCCCCCUGCAGGAAGCCACCAGCUUUAUUUACUUCACUUAAAAAAAAAUGCAAAGUUGUAGCUCGUCUUCAUUUGGUCCUUUUUUGUGCCAUUUGUCUCAGUAGCUUCACCACUAACACGUCUGCUUUGCAGCACUAGAUUUAGACCUGAAAUAAUUUAUACUGUAGUGAGRGAACACACAAAUUAACAUUCAAGAUGGUUCUGUAUGUAUUUGGAAUGUGUACAUAUAUGUUUGUUUUUGACCCGUUUAUUUUUGUAGCGACAGAUUUUUAUGAAGCACACUGAAUGAGGAUUGUUUUAAUCACAUUUUGGUUCAAAUGUUCUGAGUGGUAGUUUUGAUUUAUGCUUUUUUAUUAUCUUUUCUUCUCCUGUUUGCUUCUAAUUUUUAAUGUUCAAACAAAACUUGACUUUCUUAUGAACAAGAAAAGGAUGUACUGACUUACUGGUGCUCACGAAUAAAAUGUCUUUUUGUGUGUGUUUUUUUAAA